AUGGGUUCUACCACGCCCGAGUUCACCAAGCCAUGGAUCGAGACGCCCCUUAUCCCGUCGGUGCCGCUAUCGCGCGCCGCGGGCUGUAACAUCUUCCUCAAGCUCGAGAACCUGCAGCCCUCGGGGUCCUUCAAGUCGCGGGGCGUCGGCAACAUGAUGUCGCAGGCGGCGGCCAAACUGUCCGCGGACGAGGACGUGCACUUCUACUGCAGUAGCGAGGGGAAUGCGGGGCUGGCGUGCGCGACGACGGCGGCGGGGCUGGGGCGUAGGGCGACCAUCGUGGUGCCGACGACGGCGCGCGACUUCAUCAUCGAGAAGCUGCGGUCGCUGGGCGCGCGGGUCGAGCAGGUCGGCGCCAACUGGAACGCGGCCGACGCGCACCUGCGCGAGGUGCUGAUGGUGGCUGACCAGGGCCCCGGCGUGCGCGCUGUCUACGUGCCGCCCUUCGACCACCCGGACAUCUGGGCCGGCGCCUCGAUCCUCGUCGACGAGGUCGUCGGGCAGAUGAGGCUCCAGCGGCGCGGCGGCGGCGCCGGCGGCGGCGACUGUGAGGCGCCGGUUAUCGACGCCAUCGUCUGCAAUGUCGGCGGCGGCGGGCUGCUAAACGGCGUUAUGGAGGGGCUCGAGCGGCACAAGAAGUUGGUGGCGCGGAGCACGGAGGCGCCGACCAAGGUCUUGGCUAUGGAGACUAUCGGCGCUGAGAGCCUGCACGCCAGCGUCCAGGCCGGGCACCUCGUCACGCUGCCUGCCAUCACGUCGAUUGCCACGUCGCUCGGAGCGCGCCGCGUGUCGGAGAAGACGUGGGAGUGGGCCCAGGGAUCCGACGGCGCGCUCAUCAGCGCCACCGUCACCGACACCGAGGCCGCCUUGGCAUGCGUGCGCUUCCUCGACGACUCGAGGAUCCUCGUCGAGGCUGCCUGCGGGGCGACCAUGGCCACUGCAUACAACGGCCAUCUCCGCAGGUAUCUCGGCAAGGGCCUGAGCGACGCCGAGUGGGCCGACAGGAAUGUGGUUAUGAUCGUGUGCGGCGGGUCCAAUGCCAACUUCAGCACGUUGCAGAUGUACAAGGAGAAGUACGGCGGAGCUGGGGGCGCUGUAUAA